AACAUGGGCCCCCAGCCACACAGUGUGACCAAGGCAGAGAUCCCUGACCAUGUCCUCUACACUGUGGGAACGUGUGUGCUCAUCAUUGGCUCCAUUGGCAUCAUUGGGAAUCUCCUGGUUCUCUACGCAUUUUACAGCAACAAGAAGCUGAGGACACCCCAAAACUACUUUAUAAUGAACUUAGCUGUGAGCGACUUCCUGAUGUCGGCUUCUCAGGCGCCCACCUGCUUUGUCAACAGCUUGCACAGAAAGUGGAUACUUGGAGACAUAGGCUGUAACUUGUACGCCUUCUGCGGGGCUCUCUUCGGCAUCACCUCGAUGAUGACUCUCUUGGCCAUUUCCCUGGACCGCUACCUGGUGAUCACCAACCCCCUGAGAUCCAUACAGUGGACUUCCAAGAAACGCACCCUGCAGGUCAUCGCCCUCGUGUGGCUCUACUCACUGGGAUGGAGUGUGGCUCCCCUCUUGGGCUGGAGUUCCUAUGUGCCUGAGGGUUUGAUGAUAUCUUGUACAUGGGACUAUGUAACCUACUCCCCUGCCAACAGAAGUUACACCAUGAUUUUAUGUUGCUGUGUGUUUUUUAUUCCCCUGAUAAUAAUAUCCCACUGCUAUGUAUCUAUGUUCCUGGCCAUCAGACGUACUGGCAGGUAA